AUGGCAGCAUUCUACGCCUACCCCCCAGACUUCUACUACACCACCUCCGUCCCAAAAUCCUACCCGGUACACCACCACGCCUUCGAACAAACCCGACACAAACUCGGCCACCUGCUCAAGAACCUCGAAGACAGCCCGCCAUACCACAUCCCGAAAGCCGACAUAAGGGAAACCCCCGACAGUUUCUCCAUCGACGUCGAACUCCCGGGGUUCGAAGCGACCGAGGAAGUGAAAUUGCGGUGGACGAAUUCCAGGACGUUGAUGUUGGACGCUUAUCCACACGACGCGCAUGCUAAACCGGCAGAAGCGAGCGCCGUGCCUGUGAUGAGCACCGCGGAGGAGGGUCAUAGUUUUAUCAGUAAUGACGCGGCGAAAGGGGGGAAGAAAGACGAUGAUAAAGCAGCAGAGGAGAGCGAGCACGUCACGCUGAAUGAGCGCUGGCACGGGCGGGUGGUCCGCGCGUUUAGUUUCCCGGUCGAUGUGCAGCAUGGGGCGUUGCAUGCGAAGCUGAGGGCGGGCGUGUUGAGGAUGACGGUUCCGAAGGUGGAGGGGAGUGAGGUGAUUGAGAGUCCGAAGGUUGUGAAGGGUUAG